AUGGAGGAAAUAGCUAUUGAUAACAUCCAAUCCGAUGCCUCGAGCAUUUCUGUGGUAGCUUCUGAAAGUGUGCAUUCCCGUGCUGAGAAAGAGAAGAUGAAAGCCGAUCAUGAAGUGGUUGGAGCGAAUGAUGAUGAAGAUGAUGUUCUCAAGGAUGAAACAACUAGAUCCGAGGCGGUUCUUAAUGUGAAGAUCUCGAAUGAGGGGAACGCGGCUUGUGGCCCCAAUUUGGUUGGUUCAUCCUCAUCCUCCCCGGUGGAAAAUGAUCAAGAAGUUGCGGGAGAAGAGAAAGUAUCGGAUGAUGUAAGGGUUUUUUCAUGCAAUUUUUGUAAUAGGGUUUUCUCGACUUCUCAGGCUUUAGGUGGUCACCAGAAUGCUCAUAAGCAAGAGAGGGCUUUGAUUAAAAGACAGAAUGGAGCGGGGAUAGAUGGCCCGUAUGGGCCUCAUCCCCAGGCUCCACCGUAUGCUUACUACCCUUACCACCAUCAACCACCCCCGUUUUAUGGCCAUUCUAGUAGAUCUUCUCCACUAGGGGUGAGGAUGGAUUCAUAUAUCCAUAAGCCUUCUUUUCCUAAUUGGUCCAACUAUCGCUAUGGACCUGCUUAUGGGUGGUCAAAUAGGUCACCAAUGAUGCCCCAUCACCAGCCCCCACCAUCUCCCUAUGAUAGGUUUAGGGGUUUUGAGGAGUUUCAUGCAAACCCUAAUGGUGGUGGUGGCAACAAUAUUGUUGAUCCACAACUUAGAUUCCCCGGAAAUGUAAGCUACCAUGGAGGAGGUGUUAAUGGGGGCUUUUUUCCAUCACCAUCACCGAUACCGAUACCAUCACCGAUACCAGCAGUACCCCAUUGGAAUAUGGAUGAAGACAAUGAAAGAAAUCUUUAUGUGCAACGAGACUUUCUUAAGCUAGGCAGCAAUACUUCGGUAGAGGAUGAUGGCGGACGUGGACUCGAUCUGAAUCUGAAACUUUGA